AUGAGAGACAAGGUCGGGGCGGCGAAUGAAAGCCAGUCAGGGGAGGAGAAGCACGCGAAGAUGAGAGAGGAGCUGGGGCGAACGAACGAGGCUUUAAGGGAGUUUGGGCGGAGAGCGAGGGAAGCAGAGCAGCUGCUUCUGGCUGUGCUGGAUGAACACAAAGGCUUUAAGUUGCUAGGAGAGGGGGGCAGAGCAGGGUCGAAGGGGGGGGGUGGGGAGGGGAAAGAGGGGUUGAGGGAGGUUGGGGAGGAGGAGAAAGGGGUUGCAGGGGGAAGCGGGGUAGAGGAGAAGAGGGAGCAGGGGGAGGCUGGUUUGGGAGAGAAGGCUGAGAAAGGAGCAAAGGAGAAGAGAAAGAGCAUGAAACAAAAAGGCUACACGACCUUCGCGCCACCCGAACACGCCCUAGGUGCACCUCUCCUCGCCGCCCUUCCCCCUGCACCUCAGGAUGAGCAGCUUAGAAUGUCACUUCUGUAUCACUGUACUGAUGAGAAGGCCCUUGGGAUUAUCCGGAAGGAGAAGAAGAGGGAAAAGGAGAGUGGAAAGGAGAGAGGGAAGGAGAGGAGAAGUGGGGUUGGUGGGGUGGAAGGAGGGGAAUCGAAGCCUAUCAGUCCCCGGCCUACUCCCACUGCCGGUGCUGCUGCUGCUGGGAAGGCGGCAGGGAGAUCAGGCGAGGCUGAUUUUGCUGCUGCUGCAGCGGCGGCGGCGGCGGCGGCGGCAGCAGCAGCAGGAGCAGGAGGAGGAGGAGGAAAAGGGGUGCCAGUGGGCUUGCCUCCCCCUCCUCCGGGGUGGAAACCCGUAGACCCCCUCCCUUCCUUUCCAGACAUUGCUGCUGCUGCCGCCGCCGCCGCCGCUGCAGCAGGAAAAGCAGCAGCAGGAGGGGCAGCAGCAGGGGUACCCCCACCUAUGCCGGCUGGGUGGAGACCAGGAGAUCCCCUCCCCCUCCCUCCCCCUCCUCCGGGGUGGAAACCUGGAGACCCCCUCCCAACUCUUCCCACCGCUGCCACUUUUCCUUCUGCUGCUGCGGCCACUCCUGCUGCUCCUUCUGCUGCUGCUGCUGGCGCUGCUGCUGCUGCUGCUGCUGCUCCUACUCCAUCCAUUCCCCCAGCCGCACCCCUGCCCGCCCUUCCGACCAUGCCUGCAGGGUGGAAACCCGGAGACCCCAUACCCCUCCCCUUACCAGGCGCCCCUGCUGUGCCCCUGCCAGUGGCAGCAGGUGUACCUCCCUCAGAUGUACCUCCCCCGAGCGUGCCUGCUGCCGCUGCUGUUGCUGUGGCUGGCAUGGUGGUGGGACCUGGGGAAGGUGUUAUCCGGCCGCCAGCAGUGGCAGGGGCAGGGAAAGAAGGGGCAGCAGGAAAGGAAAGAGCAGCAGGGGCAGGUGUGCGUGGUGGUGGUGCUGCUGCUGCUGCUGUGGCCUUACCCCCUGCUCCGGCUGCUCCUGCUGCUCCUGGGACGUUUCAAGUGGCACACGUGCAGCUUGAUUUGGACGAGUCUGAUUUUGAAAGCGAUUUCAGUGAUGCGUCUUCAGACGAUGAUGAUGAGUGA